UUCACUCCCGCUCACCAAAUCUAUCUGGACUCUUUUUGUCUAGUUUCUCAGAAACCCUAAACGUCAACAGAAGAACAGAGGGAAGCACAGAGAUUUUUAAAUGGAGCAGCUUUUCUCCCUGAACUCUUCUCUUCACCUUUAGUUUCUCCCAGAAAAUCUUUAUAAUAAUCCUGGUGGUGAGAGGCAAUUCUGAGAUGGCUAUGGAGAGCUGUAAAGAUGUGAAUGCUCGUGUUGUUUCAUGUUGUGAUGCAUCUGUAAAUGGGUCGGUGCACAUUGGUGAUAAUAUAAAAGAGGAUGAGGAACUGGAUGUUGACUUUCUUAAUGAAUUUGAUUCAUACGUGGAAGACAUCAAGGACCGGUUGACAAUUUCUAGGUUGGUGAGUGACUCAGUCAUCAGGGGCAUGGUCAAUGCUGUUGAGCAAGAGGCAGCUGAUAGGAUUGCUCAGAAAGAGUUGGAGUUAGUACGAUUGAAGAAAAUGAUGAAUCCUUACCAUGUUUGUUCAGAUGAAAACAAGUCUUUACUGGAGCACUAUGAACCAAACAUUGAAAAAGAUGGUGUAUUUUCAAGAUUGUCGGAUUCUUUUUGUGAGCAUGACAGGAUCCGAGAAUCUUUGGGCAGUCUUAAAAAUGCAGCUAAAGGGCAGUUUAAGAAUCUUGGGAUAGAAAUUGACAAAAUCAGAGGGCAUAGUUCCAUUAGGAGGAUUAAUUCAGGUCCUGAGUGGGUGGGAUUGGGUGGUAUUCUGCAAGAGGAUGAAACCCGAGACCGGAUUGAUCUGGAUAAAACACUUGAUUCUUUAAGAAUAACCCUAGACACUAUCUAUGAGCGAGUCGACGAUAUAAUUUGCUCAUCUGGUGUUGCACUCUGUCAGCGGCAGCUGGAGCGAGAAUAUCAGGAAGAUGUUGAACAUAUGGUGGUAACAAAUUGUAUUCGGAGUUUGAAGGAACAGUUUGAAGAAAGACUAUGGGAUCAAAAUGCUCAAUGUUAUGGUAAUGGAAAUGUAAAUUGGAUUGAGAAGAUCAAUGAGAUUUCCAGUUUGCGUCAGGAAUUAGAUACCAUUUCUAAAUCACUGUCUAAUCCUGAAACUGGGAUGCUGAAUUCUCAUAGUUCCUUGGAGAUCAAUGAUGAUUUGAGUAACAAUAAAAGGACCGAUCAUUUACAUCGAAAGGUUUCAGAGAAUCAUGUUUCAUCUCUUUGGGAAGGAAAUGGCAAGCAAGAAGAGUCAGUAAUUGCUGUGCCAGAAAAUUUGGAUGCUGCGCAACUGAGUCACAUGUCAAAGGGGGAAUUGGUGAAUUUUUUCAAGCUUGAGAUGACAAAAAUGAAGAGAAACCAUGACUACAAACUACAACAGAUGACUGAAGAAUAUUUUAGCCUCAAACGGGAAUAUUUGAAAGAAAGGGGUUCUUCUUUGCCAUUCAGGAAGGAUAAGGAGUUUGAUGUCUUGAGGAAAAAGAUCCCAGAUGUCAUUGUGAAAUUGGAUAGAAUUCUUGUUGGAAAUGAGAAAUUUCCUUUAUUAAGUAAUAAUGGUGAGACUCUCGGCAUAUUGAAGGACAGAUUAGAAUCUCUUCUUUCAGAAAACCAUCAACUGAGAGAUUCACUCUCCGAUAAGAAAAAGGAAGUUAACCGCCUUUCUUCACAAGUUUCUGAUGCCAUAGUGAAAAUCUCACAGUACUCUCGGACCGAGGAUAACUUACUGAAAAAGGUAGAAAACCUUGAAUCUGCAGUUGAAGAUGUACAUAUUGAAUCUUCCAUUAGUGGGGAUGUACAUAAAUGCUUCAUCAGGGAGGCAAUCAGCCAGACCAAGCGGAUCAGUCAAGAUUUAGAGAUGGAGCACAUCAUCAUGGAAGAAAUUUAUGACCUUAAAUUUAGAGAUGCUUUUUGCAAUAUGCCACAUGCCAGCAAGAGUGAAUUUGAAGAUUCUGAUUUGGAAUCUUUAAUCAUGGAAGGACUAUGUGCAAUUGUAUUCAGAGCAGCCUUCUCAGAAGCCAAGGAGAAACUCCAUGACUUAAGCAAGGAUGCAUUCGAGAAAGAAAGGGUACUAAAACUGGAAGUUGAAGAGAAGGAAAAAUUACAGCAGCAUAUGCUUCUAAUGGCAUCAGCAAUUGAUGAAAAGGAGAAGUUACUUAAUCAAACAUCAGCUGCACUGGCAAGAGAAAAGGAGAAAUUUAUGUUGGCUUCUCAAGAACUUGAUGUUGUAAGGGAUCAGACAAAUCGGCAGCAAAUGAUAAUUUCUAAGUGCAAUGAAGAAUCCAAUGUUCUGAAAGUUGAUCUCCUUCAAGCAUUGGAGAAACUUGAAUUACAACAAGUGGAGACAUGUAAAUUAAACCAGAAGCUUGACCAGGCGGUGAAAGCUUUGAGGGAAAGCGAUGAUGAGAAAAGAAGGCUUCUUGUUGCUGCCAAGGAGAAGGAGAAUAUUUUAUCGUUGGUUGAAGCAAAUGAAAAUGAGCAUAGAAAACAGAUGGAAUCAAUAAUUAUUCUUGUUGAAGGACUAUCUAAGACAUUUGCUGAUUUUGAAUGUCGAGUAGCAGAAGAUACGAAGAGGAGUAAUCUAAGGUUGGAGAAUUUGAACUCCCAAUUCAGUUCUCUCAUUCAGACGGCGAAUGUAUGGAAAAGAAAGGGAUUGCAUUAUAAGCAGAAUCUUGAAAGGAGAUGUUCUGACCUUGAAAAGGCUGAAACUGAGGUGGAUCUCUUGGGUGAUCAGGUGGAUGUUCUUUUAGGCCUUCUUGAGAAAAUAUACAUAGCGCUUGAUCAUUAUUCUCCAAUAUUGAAACAUUAUACCGGAAUUAUGGAGAUAUUGAAGCUGGUUAGAAGAGAAUUGAGUGGAGAAUCUACUAGGCCAGUUUGAUCCACUCUUCCCACUGUAGAGAAACUCAGAACAGAGGUAGGUUGUAAAAAUUGUUGCAACAGCAUCAUCGGGCAAGUUAGCGGGAUUUUGGGGUAUCAGAAUACAGUCUUUAUAGAAGUUAUCCUUGCUGAAUAUAGCUGUACAGUCUAGUAAGCCAAGGAGAUUCCCUUUUGCUUCCGGUGGACACCAGAGUUAUAGAUCUUUUUCAGUUUUUGACCAGAAUGUAUAUUUGUUUGAUUUAGCAGUUGAUGAGAUUAAACUAAUAUUUCCCAUUACCCUGUGCUGGGAGUAUGAUGGGGAUGCCUUUGUUCUCUCUUUGGCACAUACACCAUACCUGACACAUUUACAAUCAAAGCUCACACAUGUAGUUUACUUUCUUUUCCUUUUGAGGCAGAGAUAGAUUUAUAUAAUUUAGUGGUGUCAUGAUGAUUUUUUAAA